ACGCACGCGAGAUCUGCAGCGGACACGCGCGAUUGCUGCCGAAGAGGACGCUGGAGCUCCUGCAACACACACAGGCGGAACGGUCGAACAGGAAUCGAACUGCGACUCCGCCACAUGUUUAGAACCUUCGAGCUGGACCGAAACUGCCCGAAGUGUCGCCGCUUAGCACAAGAAGAGGAAGUCGUUGAAACAACCGGCCGAGACCGAGGUGUUGAUAUGAGCCAGUCGGUGAAAGCAGCUCAGCUCAGCCGGUGAAUUCAAGCGGAGCCCAGCGAAUAGCUAGCGUUAGCCUGUUAGCCACCGUUAGCUCAGGAGCCGCUCGCCGGGCACCUGCACGCCGAGCUGAAGCCGGCAACAGCACAACACCACCAGCAGCAUAAGCGGGGGGCGAACCCACGUCGCUAGACUACUACUUCCUGUUAUACUUAGCGUUAUUUAUUUUAAACCCACGCGGGGCGACACGGGAGAGAACCGGGACCGUUUGAGGUCGGCAGCAGCGAAGCGACGCGGUGUGCCGUUCAUCAUGGACAACACGCACACGAAGACGGUGGAGGAAGUUUACAGCUUCUUCAACGUGAACGAGAGCACGGGCCUGAGCACCGAGCAGGUGAAGAAGCAGCGGGAGCGCUUCGGACCAAACGAGCUGCCAGCUGAAGAGGGUAAAUCUCUUUGGUCGCUGGUGGUGGAACAGUUUGAAGACUUGCUUGUCAGGAUCCUUUUACUCGCUGCCUGCAUAUCCUUUGUGCUGGCCUGGUUUGAAGAGGGAGAAGAAACCAUUACAGCGUUUGUGGAGCCUUUUGUUAUCCUACUUAUUCUCAUAGCAAAUGCUAUUGUGGGAGUCUGGCAGGAACGAAAUGCAGAAAAUGCCAUUGAAGCGCUCAAGGAGUAUGAGCCCGAGAUAGCAAAGGUGUACCGCCAGGACAGGAAGAGUGUCCAGAGAAUCAAGGCCCGGGACAUAGUGCCUGGGGACAUCGUGGAGGUGGCAGUUGGUGAUAAAGUGCCUGCAGACAUCAGGCUGACUUCUAUCAAGUCGACCACACUGAGGGUAGACCAAUCCAUUCUUACAGGAGAGUCCGUGUCUGUGAUCAAACACACCGACCCUGUGCCCGACCCACGUGCUGUCAACCAGGACAAGAAGAACAUGCUCUUCUCUGGCACCAACAUCGCAGCUGGUAAGGCUGUCGGGGUGGUGGUGGCCACAGCUGGCAACACAGAGAUCGGCAAAAUCCGAGAUGAGAUGGCAGCAACGGAGCAGGAGCGCACACCGCUGCAGCAGAAGCUUGAUGAAUUCGGACAGCAACUAUCCAAGGUCAUCACCCUGAUCUGCAUCGCUGUGUGGAUCAUCAAUAUUGGACAUUUCAAUGAUCCCGUCCAUGGAGGCUCUUGGAUUCGCGGCGCUGUCUACUACUUCAAGAUCGCGGUGGCUCUGGCGGUUGCUGCGAUCCCCGAGGGUCUGCCUGCUGUCAUCACGACAUGCCUGGCGCUGGGAACACGCCGCAUGGCUAAGAAGAACGCCAUUGUCCGCAGCUUGCCCUCUGUGGAGACCCUUGGCUGCACAUCUGUCAUCUGCUCUGACAAGACUGGCACACUGACCACCAAUCAGAUGUCUGUGUGCAGGAUGUUUACCCUCGACAAAGCAGAGGGGGAGCACUGUUCUCUCAACGAAUUCACAAUCACAGGCUCCACAUACGCCCCAGAUGGAGAAGUGUUCCAUGAUGGCAAGCCAGCCAAAUGUUCCCAGUACGAUACCCUGGUGGAGCUGGCCUCUAUCUGUGCUCUCUGUAAUGAUUCCUCACUGGACUUUAAUGAGGCCAAAGGUGUGUUUGAGAAGGUUGGUGAGGCCACAGAGACGGCUCUCACGUGCCUGGUGGAGAAGAUGAACGUGUUUGACACGGACGUCAAAGGCCUUUCCAAGAUUGAGCGAGCCAACGCCUGUAAUUCUGUGAUCAAGCAGCUAAUGAAGAAAGAGUUUACCUUGGAGUUUUCCAGAGACAGGAAGUCUAUGUCUGUGUACUGCACUCCAAAUAAAGCCCGCUCCUCUGCUAGCAAGAUGUUUGUUAAGGGUGCACCCGAGGGUGUGAUUGACAGGUGCACACACGUCCGUGUUGGCAACAACAAGGUGCCAAUGACCCCUGGCAUCAAGGAAAAGAUAUUGUCGGUCAUCAGGGAAUAUGGAACUGGCAGAGACACUCUCCGCUGUCUGGCUCUGGCCACACGAGACAACCCCAUGAGCAAAGAAGAAAUGGUGUUAGAAGACGCCACCCGCUUUGUUCAGUACGAGACUGAUCUGACGUUUGUCGGCUGCGUGGGCAUGCUGGAUCCUCCCAGGGCCGAGGUGGCAGCUUCCAUUAGACUCUGCCGUCUCGCAGGCAUCCGAGUAAUUAUGAUCACUGGAGACAACAAGGGCACGGCGGUGGCUAUCUGCAGACGUAUUGGCAUUUUCAGUGAGACGGAUGACGUCUCCAGCAUGGCUUACACCGGCAGGGAGUUCGAUGAUCUGUCCCCUGUUGCACAGAGAGAAGCUGUGAUCAAGGCUCGCUGCUUUGCUCGUGUGGAGCCUUCACAUAAGUCCAAGAUUAUUGAGUUCCUGCAGUCCUAUGAUGAGAUCACAGCUAUGACUGGUGAUGGUGUAAACGACGCUCCUGCCCUGAAGAAGGCUGAGAUCGGCAUUGCCAUGGGCUCCGGCACAGCUGUGGCCAAGUCCGCCUCCGAGAUGGUGCUGGCCGACGACAACUUUUCCACCAUUGUAGCUGCAGUGGAGGAAGGCCGAGCCAUUUACAACAACAUGAAACAGUUCAUCAGAUACCUCAUCUCUUCGAAUGUGGGCGAGGUUGUCUGUAUCUUCCUCACCGCAGCUCUGGGCUUCCCUGAAGCUCUCAUCCCCGUUCAGCUGCUUUGGGUCAACCUGGUGACGGACGGUUUGCCCGCCACCGCUCUGGGCUUCAACCCACCGGACCUGGACAUCAUGAGCAGAUCCCCACGUAACGCCCGCGAGCCGCUCAUCUCCGGAUGGCUCUUCUUCAGAUACCUAGCUAUUGGAUGUUAUGUGGGCGCUGCCACUGUUGGUGCUGCCGCCUGGUGGUUCGUUGCUGCUGAGGAUGGACCAAGAGUUACUUUCUACCACCUGAGCCACUUCCUUCAGUGUGGUCCAGAGAAUCCAGACUUCCAGGGUGUGGACUGUAAAGUGUUUGAGUCCCCUUACCCAAUGACCAUGGCCCUGUCUGUGCUGGUCACCAUUGAGAUGUGCAAUGCCCUGAACAGUGUGUCAGAGAACCAGUCCCUGCUCCGUAUGCCUCCCUGGGAGAACGUGUGGCUGCUGGGAGCCAUUUGCCUCUCCAUGUCUCUUCACUUCCUCAUCCUCUAUGUGGAGCCUCUUCCAAUCAUCUUCCAGAUCACCCCUCUGAACCUGAUACAGUGGGUGAUGGUGCUCAAGAUGUCUUUGCCCGUCAUUCUGCUGGACGAGAUCCUCAAGUUUGCCGCCAGGAACUACCAGGAGCCGGGUAAAGAGCUGGAGAAGCCUGCCAGCUCCAAAGGCUGCUCGCUGUCUGCAUGCAUGGAGGGAAUCUCCUGGUCCUUCGUGGCCUUCUCCCUCCCCUUGGUCAUCUGGAUCUACAGCGCCGACACUAACAUGGCCGACAUGUUCUGGUCCUGACUGACUUGAGCACAACCUCGACCUUUCCACGCCCCUCCCCCUCCCCUUCCUUACCACCAUCACGUCACUCUUUCCUCCUCCCUCCACCUCCCCCCUCUUUCCUCCCCCUCUGCCUUUCCCUCAUGUGCAUAGCUAGUGUGUGUGCGCGUUUGUAGUGCUUGAGUGUGUUCUUGUGCGUGCCUGCCGUGUGUAUACGAGAAGGACCAACUUUAACACAUAAAACGAAACAAAUAAUAUAAGGUGUUAACAUUGAGAAGUAACCUGUUUUGAGUCGGUAUAGCAUCUUUGAACGGGUGAGGCUUUAAAUGCGAGUGUCAGAAGACCAUCACUCGUGUAGCUGUGGACUUUGUUGCUGGUUAUGAAGGAAAUAUACUGUCGCCAUUUUUUUUUUUUUCUUUGUCAAUAUUGCCUCUUGAGGUUUAUAUUUUUAAGGAUUUUGGGAAUAUCUUAUGUCUUAUGUCACUACAGUAACAACAGCACAUUGUUCUCGCUAAGAUUCCCUCAUGAAAAGAAAAUUUAGGAUACCAGAAAAUCAUUGAUCUGUACAGAGAAUGAACACUAUUUUAUGCAACUUUCUUUUGUUUUAAAUGGCUUUGUAAAUUGUUUGACCAGCGUGGCUUAGACAUACCGCCUUGAUUUAUUUUCUAAUGUUUACCAUUGUGUCUUCAGUACAAACUGAGAACUUUUUGAGAGGACGACCUGCGUGCGACACAUGAUGGGGGGGGGGGGCGGGGGGAGGUUUGGGAGUGAACAUUCAGAUGCUCCACUUAAAUGGAAAGACAAAAAAGAAAACUAAUCCUGGAAAGCAAAGGCCGCAUGUCCCAUGACCAAGCAUGAACUGUAUAUGGUUUCUCAUUUCUAAUUUAAUUGUACAUGUCCCCCUCCUUUUCCCAUUGUUAGAGUGUAAAUUAACUACAUGGAUGGUUUUUUAUGAUUAUAAUUUGAAAAAUAAGCCAGUUUUUCUGCACUGGGCAGAGCACAGCUACCUCAAUAUGACAAAAAAGAAUUUCUUUCCACUCAUCUCUAGAUGCUUGUUUCUUCAAUGCUCAAAGCGUAACAUCUGAGGUGUGCCCCGAUUUGCUUAUUGUGCAGAAAACAAAGAACACAAUCUUCCUCCACUCUAACACUUUUAAGGAUAUAUAUUGUUUGUAUUGAUGAUGAUUUUUUUUUUUUUUGGCCAUUAACUUUAUUUGUUUUUUGCUUUGGAGACAGAACUGAAUGGGGAUGUCUUAUGUUAAUAACCAUCUCCAUGGCGUUUGAUUCAAAGGACGAUGAUAUUCAAAAAAUCUUAAGAAAACUAAUAGAAGUGCUCCAAAUGACCUUGGAAUGCAAAUAAGAACACAAAAAUGUUUUUUUACUUCAAUGAAAAAAAAAAAUACACUCUUGAACCCUUUGAAUCAAAGUGUUUCUGUCUUUAUUCAUGAGGCCAGAUGAAUGGUUUCCUACAUUAAUCGCAUUCCAGUGUUUUUGUAUGUGCAUAUGAUACUUGAAUACAGAUCAUUUCAGAAAUA